AUGAACGGUCCUGUGAACAGUUUUUUGGGCGGUCGUGCUUGCUCAGCUGCUGCAUCCAUCGGCCAUGAUGCCUCUGCCAGUGUACUCGAUACUGAAGGAUCCGUUUCUGUUACAACCAUUGAGGCGGAAUCUCCAGUGACGAGUACAGGAGCCUCUGCUAAUGUUGAACUGACUGUAACGAGUAUGUCAGGUCUGCUGGAGGAGGCGGGUGGGAGGGGAAAGGGGAGGAGGGGGAGGCCUAAGGGGAGUGGGGAACGGGGAACAGGAGGGGAGGGAGGGGGAAAGGGGACAGUCAAGGGGAAGCAGCUAAGGUUACUGCUGGAGGAGGUAGGGGGUGAGGGAUUGGUGGGGGAAGGUGGGGAGGAGGGGAUAGGGGCAGAUGGCAGUGUGGGAAAGAGAAACCCAGAUCUAGAAUUGCGCACAGUUGGUGAAGGUUCUAUACAGAGUGACUCUAACGGUAGCAGUAACAAUGCUGUGAGUGAAGUGGUUGUGGUGAGAAGAACGCGGGGCAGAAGAAAGACGGCUGAGCUGACCGAAAAAAAGGAGGAGGGGGAGAUGGAAGGGGCGAAAGGGGGUGAGAACCUAGUGGCGGAAGCAAGGGAGGAGGGGAGAGAAGCAGACAGCAGGAUGCGAACAGAAUCGCCUGAUUCAAUCCUUCCCACAACAACUGGUGAGGCGCCUCAAAAGUCCCCAACAGUGGACGGUGGCGACUCUCUCUUGAAAUUCCUCCAAAACCUUGCGCUAGAAGCGGUGGGCGGCAGCGACACAGAGGGCGAGAGAGGGCCACACGUACCGGCACCAACCGCACUGGACCCCAUGGAAUUGCGCAAGAGAGCGUGGCACGCUGAUAUAUCCCAGAGGCAUCCCAAGGGGGCUGUCAUUUUGGGCGUGGACCCAGACGUGCUAGGGGCCGUGGCUGUGCUUUUUGUUAGGCCCCGGAGGAAACAAGAGGUGGAAGGUUGUGCUGUCAGUGUUGUCAACACCAGGACUGGACGGGAGGAGGAGCAAGGGGAUGGUGCUGAGAAGGUGCUGCGUGUUCAGUCUUGUUUUGAGGCGACUCAAAAUGCUACGGCAAGUGAAUGGGAGGAGAGGCUUACUGUUGCUGCUGCUGAAGCUGCGAGAGAGGGCGGAGGAGGAGGAAGUGGGAGAGGAGCAGUGGAAGAGGAAGGGGAGGGUGAGGAGGAUUGUGAGAGAGUGUGGGAGGUUGAGGGGGGGAUGGAGGGAUGGACACGAAUUCUGACAGGAGAGGAUGGGGCGGACGGAUUGGAGGAAGGGAGAUCAACAGUGUAUGGGCAGAUCCAUGACGUGCCAUAUGAGCUCGUAUCCGUGGGUGCUUCCAAUCGCAAGAGGCACUGUGCCCAGGCCAUAGCGGCUCUCCUGCACCAGUUGCCACCUGCCCCAGGUAUGAACGGUCUGGUUACCACCUGCACUGCACCAGGUGGGUCUUAUGAGGCACCUCUAGAGGCGCAAGAGGCACUGCGCCCAGGCCAUAGCUUCUCUCCUGCACCAGUUGCCACCUGCACCGGAGCCCUAGUCGUUUCGCCUCCCUUCUCACCCUCUUACCCUCUUCUCAUUCCCUUCCUUACCCCCUGCUCUUCUCAUUCCCUUCCUUACCCCCUGCUCUUCUCCUUCCCUUCCUUAUCCCCUGCUCUUCUCCUCCCCUCUCCUCCCCCUUCCUGCUCUUCUGCUGGCCCCUUCUCCCCUCAUCUUCUCCUUCCCUUCGCGGCCUCCCUCCCUCUCUCCACUCCCAUCACCAUAUCAGUUCGCCUUGCCUAUGUGGAGCAGGCCAGGCCGUUCCCCUCUGAUGGCAAACAGGGUUGGUACGGCUGUGGCUUUGGCUUCGGGGUGUGGAUGGGCGUGCUGGCAGCAAGUGGGUUUGAGGUCACCGCGGUGACGUCUGUGCGCUGGAAGGCUGCCAUUCGUUCACAAGCACCCCUCGCUUUCACCUCCAAGGAGGACAGCAGACAGUUGGCUCUCUCGCUUUUCCCCUCCCUGGCCACACAGCUGAAAAGGAAAAAGGACCAUGGCCGAGCAGAGGCCCUCCUGAUUGCUACAUAUGGCACAAACCUUUGGCCUUCCUCAGGUGAAAAGUCGAAGAAGACAAGGAGUAGAGCCAAGGCAGCGACUGGGGAGGCUGUGAGAACUGGUGGUGAGGGCAUGGAGGAUGGAAGCAGCAGAAUGGAAGUGAAAGAGGAUUCGGUGCCAUGGUCCAUGCCUUUGCCCGUGAUAUGA